AUGGAGAAAAAUUGGCUUGUUGAAGGAAUAAACGAGAAUGAUUUGCAUUUUGAAUUACAGUUACUGAAAGAACCUAAAAAUGAAGAUGUUUGGAACCAAUAUAUUGAUCAUAAAUAUCAGGAACUAGUUGAAGCAUCUCCAGGAGAUGCGGAUCACCAUGUCUUGAAUUCACUUAAGGGUGCUUUGUUGAAACUGUACUAUAGAAAAUACCAUAUAUUCGAUACAUUCAAUUCAUGGUGUGAUUUUAUUGAACUUUAUAUUAAAUUUUUGAAUCACCUAAAAGCUGAGGAAUUAACCUCUGAGCUUAUGAAGAUUAUACGAGUUUUCGAAGUGGCAGCAGUGACAUAUGCGCAUAAUGUAGAGUUCUGGAGGAAAUAUAUUGAAUUUCUAUUCAAAUAUGAUCGGUUUAUAGGGCUGGACUAUAUAUUAAGGGUGUGUGAAACGAGUCUACGAGAAGUUGAUAAAAUGCAACACAUACAAAUAUGGGGCCUAUUAUUCAAGUACAUUAAAGAUCCAGGUUUCCACAUUUACUACAAUUUAUUCACAUACAUUUCAAAUUGCUAUAAAUUUGAUGUUAACAUUCCAGUUAUAAAAGAAGGAUCUAUACCUGAUAUAGAUGCUACGUUUAAAGGACUUAUAAAAACUCUUACCUCCAUUGAGGAUUUAGCUAAGUUCGAUAGAGUGUUCAAUAGAAUAUGCGAGCCACAGCUGCUUCUCAAAGUUUCAGAUUCAGAACUCGAACUGCAUAGGAAAUACCUCGAUGCUAUUAUAAACCUUUCAUUAAAGCAGCAAGAUGGAAACGAAUAUAAUCAAAAAAUCGAAACUACAUACAAUAAAAUCGUCCAGAAAUUUCCUGAUCAAAGAGGAGUAUUCACAGUCAAAUAUGCAAAAUAUUUAAUCAAGUCCAAUUUAUUUGAGGAUGCCAUGUUAAUAGCCAAAAAAACACUUGACUCUACGCUAACUAUAAAAGAUUUCACUUUAUCUUUUAAUUUUCUCACAGAUGCAUUGGAGAAAAAAGUCACGGAACUUUCAGAGCACGAGGACGACCCAAAACUUAAAGAAUAUCUUAACGAACUUGAAAGUUUAUUGAAUAAUCGAGAACUUCUGAUGAACGAUGUUAAGUUGAGGCAGAAUCGAAACAGCCCCAUUACUUGGCUGGAGAGGUUGUCGAUAUUUGAGAAGAUUGGUCGACAAGACCAACUGUUUGUAUGCUAUUCGAAGGCUGUUUUAGAAAUCGAUCCCAGAAAGAUUCUGAAUGAUGAAAAAUUAGACAUGCCACAAAUUUGGAUUAAUUAUUCAAAGCUGUAUGCGUCAAAUGGGGAUAUAGAAACAUGUCGAAAAUUAUUUGAAACUGCUACAAAAUAUCCUUGGACGGACGUCUCACAAUUAGAAAAAAUAUGGAUUGAAUGGAUAAGAUUUGAAAUCGAUAAUAACAAUGCAGAACAUGCAAAGUUUAUCUGUAGUAAAGCCAUCAGUAUUCCGGAGCAGAUUACCAGUGGUAAAGUUGAUUUUGAGGAUGAUGACUUAAGUGUGCAGAUGAAGCUUUUCAAGAGCUUGAAGCUAAGAAGUCUAUACAUUGAUCUUGUUGCCAACUUUGAAACCAUUGAUGAUGUCUGUAAAGCAUAUGAAGAUUGCAUUGAGUUGCAAGUUGCUGAUGAAAGACUUAUAGUCCAUUAUUGUGUUUAUUUGCUAAUACAUAAUCGCUUUGAGCAGGGCUACUAUGUUUUUGAAAGAAACCUCAACGGCCUAAAUGGGGAUGUCCAGUGUCAACUUUAUGAUGUGUUUAUGGAGAGACUGCUGAAAGACUGGAAUAAUUUGGCAAUGGGUAAAGAAAAAGUACGUGAAAUUUUUGAAAAUGGGCUAAGAACAUUUACUGACAUGGGUAACUAUGAAAGUUUGAGAGACACCUAUAUAAGGUACUCGGAAUUUGAACGCAAAUACGGUUCCCAGACCCGUAGUUUAAGGAUCUUAAGGGAAGGUAUUUUAACUAUGGACACACAUGGAGAUAAAUUUAAGCUUUACAGAGUUCUAAUCCAAAACACCAUGAAAUUGCUGGGAAUAGAGGCAACGGCUGAUGUUAUCAAAGAUGCACUAGAGGAGUUAUCUGUUAACCUUCCAGGGUAUACCACAGAACUGGUGAAAGAACUGAUCGAUAUCGAGGUACUUUUGGGACAUACAGAACGUGCAAGGAAAGUUCUAGAGUACGCAGCCCAGGAGAUAAUGGAGUUUGGUAAAACCAAAACAGCUAAAUCUGAUAUCUGGGAGCUAUUCAAAACUUUUGAGAUCAAAAACGGCUCCGAAAGCACAUACAAGGAGAUGUUGCGGAGAAAAAGAUACCUCGAGAAUAAGUACGGCUCUAGUCGUGAUGCUGGAGACGAACUUAAUAAACCAAAAUACAGCUCAACAAAUACGGAGGUUGCUAAACAGUUGAAUGACCGUGUGGGAUUUGUGCCAUCAUCCAGUAGUUCGAAAUUAGAAACAGAAGCUGCUCUUCCAAAGAAAACAACAGUCCAAAAUAACGAUGCCAUUGAGCUUGACAUGGAUUGA